AUGUUUUCACCCACACGCAGUCUAGGGAGAUCAACGAUGGGCGGAACGGGGACGUGGCGGACGACCAUUACCACCGUUUCAUGGAAGACGUGGAGAUCAUGCAUGAUCUGGGUGUCAAGUGUCAACUCCUACAUACUCUCGAUCUCAUGGGCGAGACUCCUACCAAGAGGCCGGCUUGGAGGAGUUAAUUCAGCUGCCAUCGCUUUCUACGACCGCCUGAUCGCUGCGCUCCUUGAGAAAGGGAUAGAGCCGUUCGUGACGCUGCAUCACUUCGAUCUGCCGCACGAGCUGGAGACCCGGUAUGGCGGUUGGCUGGGCGCCGGAAUGAGGGAGGAGUUCGACUACUACGCGGACGUGUGA